AUGAAGGAACACUCCUCUGGCCCCUCCGCCGCUGCGCUCCGCGCCAAGUCCGACUCCCUCCGCGCCGCCACGCACGACGGCGAGAUCGUCGGCGUCCUCAACUCCGUGAUCCAGUCCCACCACCGCGACCUGCUUAGGGGGAUUCCAAAGGACUUCCCUUUCGAAAUCAGCAAAACGGAGGGGAUUCCUGACAUUACUCUUACAAGAAGUUUAAGGGGCGAGCAGAUUGAGGUCUUGGUUUCCAUGCCCAAACGCGACGACAUUGGUCUGCAGGAAGACUCAAAUCAAGAAGACGAAGCCGAGACCUCCCCAGAAGAAUACAGCAUUCCUGUCAGUGUCACUGUAUCCAAGGCCAACGGCUCAAGCCUAGAAUUCACCUGCACUGCUAAUCCUGAUAAUAUCGUCAUCGAGACCUUGUCCAUAAGGCAGAAGAAGUCAACAGGGGCAGAGGAAGCGGACGAUGUGGUUGCGUCUGAGGGCAGGGAACAUGAUCUGGCCGUAUACAAUGAGGGUCCUCAUUUCCAUGAGCUGGACAAGAGCCUGCAGGAGGCAUUCCAUAAGUACCUGGAGGUGCGUGGGAUCACACCCAUGACGGCAAAGUUGUUGCGCGAGCACAUGAUGAGCGAGGACAGCCACCUUUCGCCAAAAGAGAAGAGUGACGACAGGCGCAGGCAUCUCGUCUGGCUGUUGAAGCUGUGGGAUUUCGUCAAGAAAGAUUAA